UAACGUGUGUUCCUUUGUUUCCUUUGUAUGGAGACUAGGUAUUAAUCGACUGUUACGUGACUAGUGUUCUUGAUGGUUUCGGGUGACGAUUCAAAUGGUCGUUUAUCGCGUAAAACAACGAGGUCCCCGAACCGAAAGUCGAAGAAGGCUGAUGCGGACCUAGCGAAGGGGUCUGCGUUGCGAAAUGACCCGCCGCCUUCUGUUCACAAGAGGAACCUUUACGUUGUUUCUUUUCCCAUUAUUAUACUUUUUAAUAUUCUAAGAUCAUUGCUGUAUCAGUUAUUCAUAGUGUUUAAGUAUUUGUAUUCGGCGUCCCAUCGUUUUAUGCGUAAACCGUGUAAGAAUGGUGAAUAUAACCUAGAGGUGGUAGUGAAGGACGGAGCUGUGUCAACGGAGAUAGCGGGCGAGAUGGCAUUCAGCCACAAUGUGGGGCCGGGGGACCCGCUGCUGGCCAAACAGAAGCAUCACCAUCGGAAAGCUUUUGAGUACAUAUCAAAAGCUUUGAAGAUUGAUGAGGAAAAUGAAGGCCAAAAAGAGCUAGCCAUAGAGCUCUACAAGAAAGGCAUCUAUGAGCUGGAGAGAGGCAUAGCCGUAGACUGCUGGGGCGGCCGCGGAGACGCCUGGCAGCGGGCGCAGCGGCUGCAUGACAAGAUGAAGACUAACCUCGGGAUGGCGAAGGACCGGCUGCACUUCCUUGCUAACCUAGUCGCGCUCAGUCAGUUGGGCGUCGAAGAACGGAGUGAAAAAGAAAAAACGGAGUCGCCUGUUAAGAGGAGGCCUCUAGAAAAGGCUAAGACGACGUUGCUCGCCCAUACUGAAAGUAACAGUGGUCAAACGAAGGCAACGAGUGAAGUGGCAGGCCGUAAGCUGACAACAGGCGGGCGGCGACUGCCGAGCGGCUCCGGACCUCUAAUGAAGUCCCAAACUCUGCCGCGGUCCAUGGGACGGUCAUCAUCUCAACCAAACAGCUCAACGUAUACCCGGUACCCGGUUAAACCUGCGUCAACACCGCCUGCUGUGAAGAGACAGCUAUCAGUCCCCGUGAACGGAUCUCCCGUCCGGCGCGCCGUCGGGUCCAACAGAGGGACGCCAACUAGAAGCCGGACGCCGCAGCAGACGCUCACGGUCCGCGGAGUGGAUCCGAAGCUGGUGCAGUUGAUACUGGAUGAAAUUGUGGAGGGAGGGCCGAAGGUGCAGUGGGACGACAUCGCUGGGCAGGAGGCAGCAAAACAAGCACUUCAAGAAAUGGUGGUGUUGCCUUCUCUGAGGCCGGAACUGUUUACUGGGCUUCGGUCGCCCGCCAAAGGUCUACUUCUAUUCGGACCUCCAGGGAACGGUAAAACGCUCCUCGCCCGUUGCGUGGCCGCAGAAUGCUCUGCGACAUUCUUCUCCAUAUCAGCCGCCACUCUCACCAGCAAAUACGUUGGCGAUGGAGAGAAGAUGGUGCGAGCGCUGUUCCAAGUAGCCAGGGAACUACAGCCCUCAAUAAUAUUCGUGGACGAAGUGGACUCGCUUCUCUGCGAGCGGUCGUCGAGCGAACACGAAGCGUCGCGACGGCUCAAGACAGAGUUCUUAGUCGAAUUCGACGGUCUGCCGGCGGCGGGCGCUGACCGGCUUAUAGUCAUGGCUGCUACGAAUAGACCGCAUGAGUUGGAUGAGGCUGCACUCAGACGUUUCCCCAAGCGAGUAUACGUGUCCCUCCCAGACGUUCGAACCCGCGACCAGCUGCUCCGUGGCGUCUUAGUGCGAGGGUCAGCAGUGGCAGCACUAACGCCUGAGGAACUUUCUAGACUCGCUGCGCUGACGGACGGGUACUCGGGCAGCGACCUCACUGCGCUGUGUCGAGACGCGGCAUUACAGCCUAUAAGAGAACUCGACCCCGAAGAAGUGAAGUGCUUGGACCUGUCGCUAGUGCGGCCGAUCACGUUCCAGGACUUCAUGGACGCGCUGAAGCGGAUCCGUCCGUCCGUCUCUCCGCACAGUCUGGUCGGGUACGAGAAGUGGUCCGUGCAGUAUGGGGAUCUCGGGCUAUGAGCCAAUACAGGUAUUGCCAAGGUUGAAUAAACAAGGGUGAGUCAGUAAUUCUAAGAGUACGCGUACGCUCAAAUGUUAAACUUUCCACUCGAAUAUUGUCAUCGUUCUAUUGACGUAUUAUUUUAGUCCUUAUGUUAUUCUGAACAUCAUCUAGUCAGAUAAACACUGUCAUGUUUUAAACGUGUAUACAAAUAUUGUCGCUUAGGCCUUUUUAUUAUUCAC